UUUCCUCAUAUUAGUGGUCCUAAGCUCGGGAGCCUGGGUGGAGCUUGAUGCAAUCGAUGAUCCUCGGCUACAGAAGCUAGUAGAGAAUCUGAAGUUGACUGUCAUGGGGUCCAGAGCGAGUAGUACAGUCACAAAGUACACCAGAGCGUUUUUGAAGUGGCAACGGUGGACCGAGACCAUGGAUGAUGUGAAGGUUUUUCCAGUCAACCCACUCCAUUUUGCAUUAUAUCUACAACAUGUUGGUGAGCAGUCACAAUCGAAAGCUGCAGUGGAAGAAGCAACUAAUGCGGUAUCAUGGAUUUGCCAAACUGCGGGUCUCGAUCCAAUAGCACAAGACCCCUUCAUUAAGAUGACCUUAGCAGGCCUCCAGAGGAAUCUAGCUAAGCCCAAGACAAAGAAAGAACCAGUGACCCCUGAAAUGUUACGGGAGAUGAUAGAGUCAUUGGGUCUUAGACCAUCAUUAUCGGAAGUGCGGACUGUGGCGAUAGCGGUUACUGCUUUCCAUGGUUUCUUUCGGUUCGAUGAAGUGGUGAGGAUUAGAUGUUGUGAUGUGAAGUUUGGAGUGGACCAUAUGGCAAUUAAGGUGCUGUCCAGCAAGACGGAUCAAUAUCGCCAAGGUGAUGAAGUCGUGAUAGCUCGAGCGGAUUCCCCUCAUACAUGUCCAGUUGCUAGGUUGGAGCAAUACUAUAGUAUGGCAGGGAUUAAUCACUUCAGCACUGAACGCCUAUUCCGGGCUAUUGUAAAGACAAAAGAAGGGGAGAAACUACGUACUUCGGGGUCAAUCAGCUACACCCGAGUGAGGGAAAUUUUGUUGGAGAAAUUGCGUUCCUUGGGGUAUGAGCCAUCGGAGUUUGGAACACACAAUUUCCGAGCCGGAGGAGCUACUACAGCAGCUAAUCAAGGUGUUCCCGACCGGUUGUUCAAGAGGCAUGGCCGAUGGAAAUCUGAGACAGCUAAAGACGGGUACAUUAAAGACAGCCUUGAGGCCAGACUGGAAGUUUCUAAAAAAUUACAUACAAAUAUGAGUUAGGGGAUAGCUGAAUGCUGUAUACAAGAAAAAGAGCUACAGUCUACAAGGAUAUACUGUCUAAACUAUAAUUGUUAUUAUUAAUGUUUUUUUUGUUGUGUACUUUUCUCAGUUAAUUUAUAGGUCAAGUUUCUGUGUUGUGUUGAUGUUUGUUGUUCUUAGAGCCAGAGGAUGUGGUCAAGGUUUUUUCCACCUCAUGUAUAAAAAAAAAAAAAAAAAAAAAAAAAAAAAAAAAGCAUGAGGUGGGUUUUUUCCUGGGGUUGCUUUGGGACCAAGCGCCUCAAAUUAUACAAGCUCCGACCGGGUCCCCUUCCUCCUGACUCUUAUGUAUUCGAUUACUGUGUUAUUACUGUUGAUUUUAAAAUGAUUCAAAGGCCUGCACUGGCCGCCGACCUCAA